AUGAACAAAUGGGAGUUCCUAUUUGCUGAAGACUCUGCGGUUUUCCUACUCGAGGUUUACCAGGUCAUCGGCCAAAAACGUCCUCUUCACACUCUCUUAGCAAGUCGCAUUGGGAAGAGACCAAGGCUGCAGACAGAACAAGAGCUCCAGGGAGCGGCGAUCCAGCUGCUGAACAGACACCAAAACAUUUCUGACUUGAUUCAGGAAGUGGGAGUAAGUUUCGGGGUGAAAAAGAUGGAGAGAGGGAAGCAGAGCCCUAAAGUGUGCAAAGUCAGCUGUGAUGGUGAGAGACGACUUCAAGUGCAUGAGCUGUCCCGGCAGGCGGAGGAGUUGGCUGUCCCAGUCGGGGUUCUUUCCGUCAGGGUGGUGUCACAGAGGGUCCUGGAGCUGACAGCACAUGUGGAGGGAGACAGAGACAGUGUUCUCCUUAACUGCACUCAGAGGGCUAGGCUGUAUCCAUUACUGCAGUCCGCUCGACAACUCCUGUCUGUGGGAGCUUUUAGCCCGGAGCUCUUCUUCCAAGAGUAUUGGAGAGUUCAGCCUAAACUGGAAGUGGUGUACCACGUUCACUCUCAGAAUAUCCUCUCACUGGACUACAUGCUGGAAAGUGAAAGCAGAUUCAGUACAUGGCUGAGGACACAGUUGCAGACUUUGUGUGAUUUUACAACCACAGAACAGGAAGAUGAGGAAAUGAGAAAACACAUUCUUUCCACGGUGCUGUCUGUACUCGUGCGGAUCGGUUUUGAGGAAUCCCAGAACUCGGGCGGGGCAGGCUCUGACAGGAAGCUCUCUCAGCUCUGCUGCUCUGUAUUGGACAGCAUGCUCGCUUGGCUGCUGGAUUCUUUGGGUGACAAACAGGCACCACAACCUGAGAAACCGGCAGUUGAAGUAUGGGGUCACGUGUACAAGACCUCGUGUUUUGGGGUGUCUGUCUCCAGUGAUUCCCUGCGCCGGUUCUUCACACAUUCCCUCACGGUCGUACUCACACACCGGCCGCGCUUCAAAGUGUCUGAUGCCAUCACUAUGCAAAGUGAAUGGAGCUUCGCCAAGUCCAGCCCACCGCUGACUGCCCUCUUUUGUAAGGUGAAUAUGAGAUGCGUACUCUUCAGUAUGGAGGAGCUGCUCUCUCAGCUGCAGCAGAUUUUAGAGACUCAUGAAGUGAACUGGCAGCAUGUUCUCUCCUAUGUCUCCACACUACUGGUCUACCACUCAGAGACUCAGGCCUCCCUGAAAGAGCUCCUGUCCAGACUGCUGACUUCGGCUUUUCAGAGCUAUGAGCUGGAGAGUAUGAUCACUGCCUUCUUGCUGGCACGCCACGCCGCCCUGGAGGGUCCCGCUGUCUUCCCCUCCUACAGCGACUGGUUUAAGAUAUCCUUUGGAGGGGCCAACAGUCACCACAGCAACAGCAAAAAAUCCACAGUAUUUUUGCUGAAGUUCUUGUCAGACCUGGUGCCCUUUGACCCUCCGCAGUACCUGAAGGUGCACAUCCUGCAUCCUCCUUACAUUGCUGGGAAACACCGUGUGCUCCUUCAGGAGUAUGUCUCCCUUGCCAGGACCAGACUGGCUGACCUUAAAGUCCCAGUGGAGCAGAUGGGGAUGUAUGAGGAUGUGUCUGGAACAUCAGCAGCAGCUCCACCUCAGUGUCAGGCAGAGCAGGAUGUUGAAAAAGCUGUCUCUCUUUUUGAAACCACGGGAAAGAUCUCAGCCACUGUUAUGGAGGCAAGCAUUUUCAGGAGGCCAUACUUCAUGUCCCGUUUUCUGCCUGCCCUCCUGGUCCCGCGGAUGCUUCCUGUGAAAGCUGAUGCCAGAAUGACUUUCAUUGAAGCACUGAGAAAGGCAGAGAAGAUUCCAGCGUCUCUGUACUCUGCCUAUUUGGAGUCGUGUCAGAGAGAGAAACAGAGGCAGCAAGAUGGUGUGAGUGACUCUGUGGAAUCUGAUGAAAACCCGCAAAGAAAUCUUCAGCUACAGCUGGAGAAGCUGCGUGCUCUCUUUUCUUCAGAAUGGAGUGAUGGAGAUGUGUCAGCCCAGCUGGCCAGAGUCUCAGCUGCUCUGGAUGAUCUCUUCCUGCAGCGUCCUGAAGAAGUGAUUGGACAGACAGUCGUCAAAGUCAACCUGGACGCUCCUGACCACACUGAGAGGAAUUUCAGUGCUGUUGACUUGGUCUUGCAGAGUUUCUGUCAGUGCCUUUUGGCUGCAUCUAGACUCAAUUCUCCAGACAGACAGGGCUCAUGGGCCAGCCAGUAUGUGAAGGUCUUCCUGGGUAACAGACAGCUGCUCACUGCCCUCCUGCAUAGAGUAUGGGACCUACUUCAUAACCAGGGGGAGCUGUUGAGCACAGCACAUGUCCUGGGCUUGUCUGCGUUGGUAGCAGAGCUGCAUGUGUGCAGGGCUCAGUGUGAUGUUGAGGUGGAGCUGUGGACUUCUCCAUCCUCUCACUGUGUCUGUACUGUACCAGAGGUUCCGAUCUGUGCCCUGCCCCUCUCCACACACACUGACAUGAGCUUUAGUCUCAGGUUCUGUGUAGCUGCUGUGUGUUAUGGGCUCUGUAAAGGUCCUCCUCACCCUGACGGCCGGUGUGACUUCAUUCCCAACAGCCUCUGUAAAAAGCUGUGGAGACAUCCCGCUCUGUCCUCCCUCAGAAAACUCCCCGACUACCACUUUUCUUUCCCAGAGUGGCUAGCUGUAGAGGUCAGAGUGGAACGAGGCAAAGAUGUUUUGUCUGACAUAGAGAGGCAGGAGUAUGAACGUUGGGCAUGUCAGCAGCAGUACCUUCCUCCUCAUGUGGAUGAAGGAGGAUGUGGAGGAGACUUGAAGACAAUGUGUGCACACAUCAUUAAUGCUGUCAUAGACCUGUACACUGGUGAACACACCCCUCAGAUCCUUCACCGUCGAUCACAACACAGAGACACCUGUCUGCCAGACAUCCUCUCUAUGCUACAGGAGCUAGUGUGUGAGCGAGAGCUGAGUGUUCAGUGCCAGGGGAUGGGAAAGGAGGAGGGACAUUUCCUCUUAGACCUGGUGACUCAGAGAUGCUGUGUAAAACCUGACCAGACCAGCAUAAGCCCUGAACUUACACUCCAGCAGAGUCUCUAUGCCUUUAACAGGGUUGUGCUAGCGCUCCCUGCUGCUGUGCUAUACACAGUAAAGACAGAGGGAAGAAAGAGGACACUGGACUAUCACAGGCUGCUGGAACACAUAAACCACAGUCAGGGCUAUGUCUCAGCUCAGCCUCCUGUGUCCAUUGUUACUGCGCUCUGUUGGGUCAGUCACUGGAGUCGUCUGACUGGAGCAGAGACACUGCCUGAGCAGCUGCAGCUAGUGGCUGACUGUUACCUCUGGGCAAGCAGGCUGGUCAGAGGGCUGAUGGUUCCGGUCCCCGCUGGUCCUCCACUCCUCCUGGCUGCCUGUGUGUACAGUGAGUGGCAGAGACAGGACAAACAGACUGAGGCCAUGAACACGAGUCUGGAGCGGCUAGCAGAGCAGCACACACCGCUCUUGCUGUAUCUGCUGUUCUUCUGUGUUAAUGACCUCCUUUCAUCUUACCUCAAACAUCAGGGAACACGGUGCGUGAAGCGUGUUCAGCAGUGCUGCACAGACAUCCUGGCUCUUCUCGUGGACUCUGCUGAUUGGCUGAUACUGUUCAACCAGCGGAGUUCAGAGCAAAAUCAGUACCAGUCUAUAACCAUGAUAACAACUGAUGAACUCAUCCGUUUGAUGCCCCUGGCUUUCUACAGUUUGAUCCCCAGACUGGACACAGAGACGCUGAGCAGAGCAGUGAGGGUUCCUGGGUUUAUCUCCACCGCAGUUCUCUCUUACACCGCUCUUCUCAAACUGUUCCUGGACGGACAGACUCCGAGUCCCCGCACAGACAGCUCGCCGCAUCAGGUUUUGUCUGAAGCCAAACAAGUUCUGCUGAAGAGCAUCUCCAUGAGUCCACAGAGCUGUCUCACAAACAACAUAAGAGCCCAGCUGGAGGCAGCGUGUGGAGAACUGGAUCCUGAAGUAGCAGCAGCUCUCUCUGUGCAUCUGAACCCUUCCAGUCUCAGCCCUGAUUUCAGUCCAGACCUGGAUUUCCUCUGAUUGGAGGAUAGGCGUAUUCCAGAAUGUUCUCUAGAAAUGACAUGUCCUAACCGUUGUCCAGUACAAUGGGACAGGAAGGAGUCUUACUUACUGUCAUUCUGCUGGUCCAGUGAACUUCAGUCUCAAAUAUUUAUUUUGGGUUGGGAGACCAAAGAAGUGCCACUUUAAACAGAAAACACUUCUAGUGCCAUUGUACUCUAAAACUCAUUUACAUAUGAACACUUUUGCCAUUACAGCUGCACAGCAGAACACAUAACAGUCUCACCAAAAGUUCUAAUAGUCUCCUACUCCCCAAUAACACAAGAAUGUCAGAGUGAUAUGUAAAAUAAAAUGUAAUAAAAACACAUUUUACCGUCUCAUAACUAGUAAACUUAUU